AUGUCAUCUUGGACACACCUGAUUCGUUUUGUGGCUAUCGAAGAUGCUAAGACCUAUCUCGGCCAACUGGUCGAUACUGCACGAGAUAUCGGCAUUGAUUCACUAAACGAGAUUCCAAUUUAUGCGUUUGUGGUGGAAGGCUCAAUCUACAAUGGACGAGUCACGGACAGAAGAUUACAGAUCGGGAAGAUUCUUUCUCCAAUUGACCCACAAGAAUGUCCGUAUAUCCGCUGCAUAGGGUUGAAUUAUAAGCGCCACGCAGAAGAAGGCAAGUUACCGAUCCCAGGAGUGCCAGCGCUUUUCUCCAAGCCACGAACUGCACUCGUCGAUCCGUUCCCUGAAUCUAUUCGCAUCCCAGAAAUUGCACAAGACGGAACCAGUGAUUAUGAAGCUGAACUUGCUGUUGUUAUUGUAAAGACUGCACGGGAUAUAUCGGCCGAAGAAGCCCCAGAGUACAUCCUCGGGUACACUGCGGCAAACGAUGUAUCAGCACGGGCUAUUCAAAUGAAGAGUGCAAUGCCUAGCUUCUCGAAAGGAAUGGAUUGUAGUUGCCCUCUAGGCCCUGUUCUAGUAGCACCAAAGGUUAUCACAAACCCACAGAACCUGUCUAUCAAAGCAACUUACAACAACAAGAUCGUUCAAGAUGGUAACACUAGCGACAUGAUCUUUGGCGUCUACGAGCUAGUGGCGUAUCUUUCUCAGGGAACUACCCUCGAGCCCGGUUCUAUUGUGUUGACUGGCACCCCAGAAGGGAUUGGGUAUUUUCAAUCGCCCAGAAUAUUCCUUAAUCAUGAGGACACGAUUGAGGUUUCUAUUGAGCGAAUUGGUACUCUGAGCAACAAGGUUUUCUACGAAUAG